CACAAGUACGUCCACAGGCUAAUUCCUCGUAACAUUUCUCGCGUUCUGAAGGCUACACGAUGUCUAGGAUUCAUAUUUUCUUGAUCGUUCAUAUUCUCUUAUUCAUUUGUACUUUGAGUGUUGUCCGCGCCGCCUCAUGCUCGGAAGCGAAUGUUAUCGAGGGUGAUAUACUCGGUGAAACAUCGUCAGGCCGGACUCGAAGGGCUGCAAUCUCUACCACAUUUAAAUUAUGGCCUGGGGGAGUCAUUCCUUAUGUCAUAGCAGACGAUUUUACAAAUAAAACUAAAGAUUUAAUUCGUCGGGCAAUGGAUCAUUGGCAAAGUUAUACAUGUUUGGAUUUCGUGAAACGAACGGAUCAAAAAAAUUACAUAUAUAUUUUUAGUGGGAGCGGGUGCUGUUCCUAUGUCGGCAGACACGGUGGAAAACAGAAACUUUCGCUUGGCCUUGGGUGCGAAACCUUCGGGAUAAUCGUACAUGAACUGGGACAUGCCGUUGGAUUUUGGCACGAGCACAGCAGACCCGAUAGAGACAAUUACGUUAAGAUUUUGGACGACAACAUAAAGGAACGGGAUAAGCACAACUUUAGGAAACGAAAAAGUCAUGAAGUUGAUUCACUUCAACAGCGCUAUGAUUUCCACAGUAUCAUGCAUUACGGCUCGACUUUCUUUGCAAAGAAAGAAGGUUUCGACACUAUAGUGCCCAAACUUCGUGGAAUAAGGAAAGAAGAACUUGGAAAACAAUAUUAUUCACGUUACAGUUACACGUCCGCUCUCAGUGAUCAAGAUGUUAUUCAGACAAACCUUAUGUAUCGCUGUAACAUAUUUAAUGAAAAUGGUGGAACAAUUUUCGCGACAUCAGGAAGCUUUCAUUCUCCAAAUUAUCCACUACCUUAUGCAGUGUCGCGUGACCGAGUAUGGAUUAUUACUAACAGUCGUUCAAACGGUAGCUCGUUAACUUUGACCUUUGAUGAUUUUUCCGUGGGCACCAAUGACGGAACUGGUAUAUGCAAAAAUGAUUACUUGGAUAUCAGGAAUGGAAAGGGGUUUUUAUCGCCAUAUUUAACUCAACUUUGUGGAAACGAAAAACCUGACCCUAUCACAAUAAUAAGUGAAAGUCUCUACAUUAGACUACAUUCACAGUUGCUCACAUCUAAAACUCCUGAAGUCAAAAAAGGAUUUUCAGUUCGCUUUAAAACAGAUGAAUGCAGUAGAAAAAUGACAGGAAUGCAAGAUACGUUCAACACCCCAAACUUUCCUAACCGCUACAACUCAAAUACGGAUUGCGUAUGGCAAAUCAGCGUUCCCGAAGGCUAUAAAAUAAAAAUCACAUUUAAGACAUUUCAUCUUCAAGGUGUUGAUAACAAAAAAGGAUGCCAAGAUUAUGUUGACCUCCGCGAUGGAGAUUCUCCAUAUUCAACUUUCUUCGGUCGCUUUUGUGGCGACAAUAAUCCAGGUGUCGUCACCUCCACUUCCACUUCGUUUAGAGUAACUUUUCACUCAUCUUCCCCACACAGUGAAACAUCAGCAGUUGGAUUUAGUGCAAGUUAUGAAACUGUUGAUAUAGAUGAGUGCGCGGAGAAACUAUCUGAAUGUGAACAAGCAUGCAUAAAUACAAAAGGUAGUUAUGUUUGUGGGUGUCGAUCAGGGUAUUCUUUCAUUCCUGGACUUUAUGGAACAUGUGUUGACAGAAAUGAGUGUGAAGAAAACAAUGGUGGUUGUUCCCAUGGUUGUGAAAAUACUGAUGGAGGUUUCUAUUGUACCUGCCCAGAAGGUCAUUAUCUUGUUUCAUUUGGAAUGGUUUGCACUGACAUAGAUGAAUGUGCAUUAAAGCCUUGUGCGCACACGUGUAGAGAUUAUGUGGGAGGAUUUGAAUGCUCAUGUAAUGAAGGAUAUGAAUUGAAUGAUGAUCAAAGGACAUGUAAAGAUAUAAACGAGUGUUUGCGGAGUUCACCAUGCUCUCACAAGUGUAUAAAUACAGAAGGAAGUUUUAAAUGUUCGUGCAACUCUGGCAGUAUAUUCGAUAAAAAUACGACUACUUGUAAAGUUUUGCCUUCUUGUGGUGGACUAUUGACGGAAUCGAACGGGGAAAUUUUGUCACCACUUCUCCCCAAACCGUUGCCCCAUGAUAUCGAGUGUUACUGGAAUAUACGUGUGCGACGUGCGAUACACGUGAACAUCAACAUUAAAGUUUCCUGGAGGAGGAAUGAGGGAUGUUCCAACUACGUCUUGAUAAGAUACACAUCAGAAAGAAGUGAAAAUACAGUAAAAAUUUGUGACAAAAAUGAUUUGCGUGGUGGUAGCAUUCAAAUCCGAUCCAACGACGUCUUGAUUAAAUAUCACGUUGAGACGUCACUCAAGAACAAGAUGGUUUUAAGAUACAGCAGCAGUACCAAAGACUCUCGUUGUAAACAUACAUUAACAGGAACCGCUGGAACAAUCAAAACGCCCGGCUUUCCUUCCGAAUAUCCUGCUAAUUCUCGUUGCGAAUGGCGAAUCAAAAACACAGUAAGCCGUCGACUUCGGCUCAAAUUUAACUUCUUCGAUAUUGAAAGAGAAAGUUCAUGUGAAUAUGAUUUUUUGGAAAUUAAAUUGAGGACAAGUGGUCAACGACGUUCCAGAGAUUUGGGCAAAUUUUGUGGAGGAGGUUUGAAACGUGUGUUUAGGAUCGACCCUGGGAAGGAACUUCUCUUAAUCUUUAAUUCAGACUCAACAAUUCAUAGACGAGGCUUUCAUGCUGAGUUCAAAAUGGUUAGGAACUAGGAUAUAGGUCAAACUCUCGCUAAAACUAUAUCAUAGGUUUUUAAAAGUUUAAAUUGCGAGCUCUGAAAAUCUGCUCACGCGGGCGUGAGAAGCCACAACAGCAUGCAAUACGCUCUUUAUUUGUUUGCGUCGUGCAUGCUGUAAGGCUAUCGACAUAAAAUUGCUUUAAAAUUCAGGAUAGAGAGCUAAGAAAAAUCUGUACGGGAUGCACAAUUUACCUUCAAAACAGAAAUUUAACUACAAAGUGUCAUUACGUUUUGCUGUUUCGAGAUUUAACGCAUGCAUCGUCGGUAUAUUCAAAAGAAGACUUCACUUAUUUGAACAGGAGUUUUUAUAUUCAUGUAUUUUCGUAUUCCAUUGAUAUAGAGAUUAUUUAACAAGUAAUACUAGUAUUAGUAUAGAUACAAUUAUAUAUAACUUUAGAAUUUAGUGUAGACGUAAAUUGUAUGUUUUGUUAAUUUUUUAAUGCAAUGCUUUUGUGUGUAUUUUUCAAUAUAUAUAUAUUGUAACUGCAUGUGUGUUGAAUACUGAAGUAUUAUAGAAGUUUUACCCUAAUUAGAUCUUUAAACUCUCUAUUAGCUAAGACGAUAAGACAGUAAUUAUGAAGGUAUAAUAUAAUAAAUAUAUAACUACAUAAAACAUUUUAUAUUUUAACACGUUUGGGAAAAAAACACAGAAGUGAGGGACGGGAGUUGACCAAAGAUAGCUCACAGUACAGUGCUAUUAAACAAGUAUGAUGUAAUUGCUUGGACAUGUAUGUCCUCAAAUUACUCCUUACAACUUGGGCAACGGCUGCUUGUGCAUGUACAAAACUGUAACAAAUAGUAAUUUAAAUGUAUUUAGAAGUACAAAUACCUUUAGUUAUUUUAUGACAUGUAACUUUAACUCAUUUUCUUUAUAUUGUGUACAUUGUUCAUUAAAUUUUUUAAAAUGAUAACAAAGUUUUUUCUGGUAGAAGACACCUGACAUGAAUUAUUAAAACACACUCACGGGAACGUAAGGUUCAAAAUCUAAACGAGACUACUUUUGCCAAGUAGUAUCAUCA